GACAUCCAUUUCGAAUUGUUUAAUGUUUAAAAAAUGGAAAAAAACGGCUUAUACUUUUAAAGAAAAAGCCAUUUUAACCAACAUAAUAAAGGAAAAAGGAUCCGUUAUAGAAUGUAAGAAAACGGACGCGGUGAGUCUUGAGAAAAAGUCUAAAGUUUGGGAGGAAAUAUGUGCAUAUUACAACGCACAGCCUGAGGUAGGCUGUAAACACACCACGAAACAGCUGAAGAAGUGUUGGGCAAAUUUGAAGCAAGCUAAACGAAAAAUAAUCACUGAAGAAAAAUAUGAUAUUCUAAAAACUGGAGGUGGAACGCGAAGCGCCAAAGAGCAUGAUACCAUUAUGGACCUAGUAGAAGAGGCAGCUCCACAUCUAGACAUUCAGUUGGGAUGUCAGUAUGAUUCUACGGCCAGAUACGAGAAUCACAAUAAUUUAGCAGACCCAACCACGGAUUUGGCAACUGGAUCAAGCUUGGGUGACACCCAAGAAACCGUACUGGAGCCUCCAAAAAAGACAGCAAGAACAGUAGUAGAUCAAAACUUGGAAAAAACACUUCGCGUGCAAAAAUUACAAGAAUCAAUCGAGCAGCAACGGGAGUUGCAUGAACUCCGUAUGCAGGCUGCAAAAGAGGAACUGGAAGCCAUUCGCAAAAUCGAUGAAAUUAAACUAGCAACAGCAAUGGCUGAACUUAAGGCGGCCAAGAAGGCUUUAGAUUCGUAAUUUUUUAUUUUUGUUAAUUUGUUAAUUUAAAAAUGUU